CCCUCGUCCCCGUCGUUCCCCAGAUCUCCUCUCGCAUCUCGCAUCUCGGCGUGCCACCACCACUCCGCUCCACCGCUACACUGAAACCAACCACCACGCCACGGCACGGGCACCACCCAAACCCAUCCCUAAAUCCCGAGCCCCAAAACCCCCGUACGCGCUCGCCGCGCCGCAAUGGCACACCACCGCCGCGCCCCGCUCCUCCCCAUCCUCCUCCUCCUCCUCCUGCUCGCCACCACCACGGAACCCGCGGCGCCCGGCGCCGCAUCGCACUCGGAGCCGACGCUGCCAGUGCCGCCGGUCCAAGCCGCCGCGGUGCCCCCCGCCGCGGCGCUGGCGUCGACGCCUCCGCCGGUCUCGCCCUCGGCCGCGGCGCUCGCGGCAUUCCUCGCCAAGGCCGACCCGGCCUCCCGCCUGCGCCUCCCCAGCCCCGCCGCCUCGCCCUGCUCCCGCCCGGGGGUCACAUGCACGGCCACCGCCCAUAUCAUCCGCCUCGUCCUCGAGUCGGCGGGGCUCAACGGGACGUUCCCGCCGGGCACGCUCUCGCGCCUCGCCGAGCUCCGCGUGCUCAGCCUCAAGUCCAACGCGCUCCACGGGCCCGUCCCGGACCUCUCCCCGCUCGCCAACCUCAAGGCGCUCUUCCUCGCGGGGAACCGCUUCUCGGGGCCCUUCCCGCCCUCGCUCGCCUCCCUGCGCCGCCUCCGCUCCAUCGACCUCUCCGGGAACAGGCUCUCCGGCGCGCUCCCGCCCGGCAUCGAGGCCGCCUUCCCGCACCUCACCCUCUUCCGCCUCGACGCCAACCACUUCAGCGGCACCCUCCCGCCCUGGAACCAGUCGUCGCUCAAGGUGCUCAACGUCUCCUACAACAACUUCUCGGGGCCCGUGCCCGUCACGCCCGUCAUCUCGCAGGUCGGCGCCGCCGCGUUCGCGGGCAACCCCGAGCUCUGCGGCGAGGUGGUCCGCCGCGAGUGCCGCGGCUCCCACCUCCUCUUCUUCCACGGGGGCGGCGCGAACGGUACCGCCGCUCCCCCUGUGCAGAGCGCUGCUGCUAGCGACAGCGGGCCGCAGCGGGAGAACCUGAGCGUGCCGGAUUCGUCCGUGCCAAAUGCGAAGAGAGCGAGACGGAGGAUGACCAAAUUGGCCGUCGCGGUCGCUGCCGGGUCUGUCCUCGCCGCGCUUCUUGUCUACGCCAUGAUUGCGAUGAAGAGGAACAACAAGCGGAGGCGCCCGAGCACCGCGUCGUACGAGAGCCCCAACCCCAAGAAGAGCGCGCCCGCGUCCGAGGUGAGCAGGGACAAUGCUGACAUGGGCUACGUCGAGUGCGUCCCCGACGAGGAGACGGCGGCCAUUAUGGUGCCGGAGGAGAAGGCACGGCGCCUGGAGCGGAGCGGGUGCCUGACAUUCUGCGCGGGCGAGGCGGCGAGCUACAGCCUGGAGCAGCUCAUGCGCGCGUCGGCAGAGGUGCUCGGCCGCGGGAGCGUGGGGACCACAUAUAAGGCGGUGCUCGACGGCCGGCUCGUGGUCAUUGUCAAGAGGCUGGACGCCGCCAAGAUUGGCCCAGCGGCACUGGAAGCAGAGGCGUUCGAGCAGAACAUGGAUGCUGUUGGCCGACUGCGCCAUCCGAACCUUGUACCACUCCGAGCAUUCUUCCAGGCGAAGGAGGAGCGGCUGCUUGUGUACGACUACCAGCCCAAUGGCAGCCUCUACUCUCUCAUCCAUGGUUCAAGGUCAUCUCGGGCAAAACCACUUCACUGGACAUCAUGCCUGAAGAUAGCAGAAGAUGUUGCACAGGGUCUUGCUUACAUUCACCAAGCUUCUCGGCUUGUCCACGGGAACAUCAAGUCUUCCAACGUUCUGCUUGGUUCAGACUUUGAGGCUUGCCUUACAGACAAUUGCUUGUCGUUCCUCCUGGAAUCAUCAGAAGUCAAAGACGAUGCUGCUUACAGAGCACCAGAAAACAUGAAAUCCAACAGAAUGCUAACGCCCAAAUCAGACAUAUAUGCUUUUGGUGUCCUCCUCCUUGAGCUCCUUAGCGGAAAGCCACCGCUUGAGCAUUCAGUCUUGGUCGCAAGCAAUCUUCAAACCUAUGUCCAGUCAGCGAGAGAGGAUGAAGGAGUGGACAGUGAUCACAUCACAAUGAUCGUGGACAUAGCCACGAGCUGCGUUCGGUCCUCACCAGAAAGUCGACCCGCCGCCUGGCAAGUACUUAAGAUGAUUCAAGAAGUGAAGGAAACCGAUGCAACUGGUGAUAAUGACAGUGAUCUUACCAGCAACUCCUAGUUGCCUGUGUGGGUCCAUCUCUGGUGGAUGAAUCAUUCCUGCUGAACGGAUGUAGACUGUAUAAUUUGAAGUGAGGGUGAACCCUAGAUAGGACCGUAGGAGAGUACUGCAAUAGCAUAAGGAUCUCUAUGUUCGGUGUGGUUUGAGCUAGGGAUGCUGUAACAUAUUAUAGGAUUUCUUAUUGUCAGCAACUCAGCAUGUUCUGGUCUGGUUCUACUAGUGGCAGUUUUAGCACCAGUCUGUUGUGUGAAAGUUUAUUAGAUUGAUAGUAGUGAAGCCACAAAAGCUGUGUGAAGACUGAAGAUCUGGUUUUAAAUUCUAUUACCAGCAAGUAUUGUGAGAUUUUCAUGAAAUGAUUAGUUGGGGAUGGAACGGUGAAU